AAUGCGCUUCCAUUACUCAAAACCCUAGUGGCCACUCUCAGCUCCGGAUUUCAGUUUGAUCGCCGAACUGAGAAUUCCACCGCCGGCGGCCCAAAAUGGUGCACGUCAACUUUUACCGGAACUAUGGGAAGACAUUUAAGAAGCCUCGUAGGCCAUAUGAGAAAGAGCGAUUGGAUGCUGAGUUGAAGCUUGUUGGUGAGUAUGGACUUAGGUGCAAGAGGGAACUCUGGAGGGUUCAGUAUGCAUUGAGCCGUAUCAGGAAUAACGCAAGAAUGCUUCUCACACUCGAUGAGAAGGACCCAAGGCGUAUUUUUGAGGGUGAUGCCCUUUUGAGAAGGAUGAACAGGUAUGGCUUGCUUGAUGAGAGUCAGAACAAGCUUGAUUAUGUCCUUGCCCUAACUGUGGAGAACUUCCUUGAGCGCCGUCUCCAAACUCUUGUGUUCAAGGCUGGCAUGGCAAAGUCAAUCCAUCAUGCUAGGGUGCUCAUUAGGCAAAAGCACAUCAGGGUUGGAAGGCAGGUUGUGAACGUCCCCUCCUUCUUGGUCAGAGUGGACUCGCAGAAGCACAUUGAUUUCUCACUGUCCAGUCCUUUUGGUGGCGGUCGCCCUGGUAGGGUGAAGCGAAAGAACCAGAAGGCAGCUGCCAAGAAGGCUGCUGGCGGCGAUGGAGAUGAAGAGGAUGAAGAGUGAGUGAGGUGCUUUUGUUGCUAAUCAAAAACCAAAGAAUGAAAUUCUUCUUACAUUCUGUUUUGGAUUUUUGUUACACUCUACCUCCAAGUGGAGAGGCUUAGCUUGGAAUUUUUCUCUUUUUGUUUUUACUUUCUAUUUAUGUUCCUUGUUACUUCAACUUUUAAAUAUCCUUUUAGAACUUUUCCUCAGUGCUCUUCAUUUUCA